CUUCUCUCGAGCCAGUCGGCUGUCCAUCUCGCCCUCUCAAACGACGUGUAUCCCUAGUCUUCUCUCUCCCGCCCCAGGGCUGAAAAAUUGCGAGAGGCCGCCGGUGCCGCCUAGCACCGCGUGUGGUGGUGCUGUUAGUGGACAAACGACGACGACGACGACGACGACGAGAGACAGAGAGACGCCCGAGAAGAUCGCCGCGGGCGGUCUUCGGCGUGGUCAUUUGAUUCCUCUAGUAGAGUGA